CGCCGCGCGGCGACUCAGUCCACAGUACACGGCGCUCGCGUACUCUUUUCGAAAUUCGAACAUCCGUUCGGGAAUCUGUCGAAAAAAAAGUUUAAAUUUGUGCGACAAAAGAGGUUCUCCUAGAGUGAUAGUAAAUUUAAAAAAAAUGUUUUUAAUUUUUUUCUUCGCGCCAUUAACGGUAGCGGCGGCACAGAAUGCGUUGCCAAACGACUUCACGCGCUGUCAGCAGAGAGACAACAAGAUCAACGAGUGCUUGAAGCGAGCCGUGCCUGAUGCACUGCGCAGGAUGAAAGACGGUAUCCCGCAGCUGUCGGUGCCGCCGCUGGAGCCGCUGCUGGUGUCGGGCAUGAACAUCGAGUCGGGCGCGGGGCCCGUGCUCAUCACGCAGAUCUACAAGGCGAUCAAGAUCCACGGCCUCACGGACUCCAUCCUCACCUCUUACAAGGCUGACCUGAAGCACUACCGCCUGCGCACGGACUCCAUCACGCCGAAGAUGGAGUUCAUCGCCGACUACGUGAUGAAAGGCAGGAUCCUCGUGCUGCCCAUACAGGGGAAGGGAGUCGCUAACAUCACCAUGGUGAAUCUGGUAGUGAAGCACGACCUGAUCGGCGAGCCGGUGGUGCGAGAUGGACAGACGUACAUGCACAUUAAGGACUACCGCGUAAAGUUCGUGCCUGACAAGGUGCAUCUGCACUUCUCUAACCUGUUCAACGGCGACAAGCGGCUCGGCGACCAGAUGAACAUUUUCCUAAACGAGAACUCCGACCUCGUGUUCAAUGAACUGAAGGAGUCGUACGAGAAGAGCCUCAGCUCCGUGUUCCAGGACGUCACAAACAAGAUCUUCGACAAAGUGCCCAUGAACAAAAUUUUCCCAGAGGAACAAUAGCUCUAAUACUGUGAUCCAAAUAUUAAAUUUAAGAUCAGCUUUUGCAUUUGCAACCUUUUCGCGCAAUCAAUCUCUUAUUUUAAAAAAGUGGAAAAAUUAAAGUAGGUAAUAAAAUGCUGUAGAAAAUCUACAGCCUUCUAAAUAUCAAGCUACUUCAAAAUAAAGUGAACUUUAAAUUAUAGUGAUUAGGUCCACUUUACUUUAAAGUAAAUGCUUAAAUUUUCAUCAGUGCUUAUAAAGAACUUGGUAUAUAAAAUGCAUUUUAAUAAUUUUUGAAAAGUAAUUGCAAAAAUAAUAUUGUCAAAAGCCACGGUUAAUUCUUCUUGCAUUACUCCAUUUUGAGACUAUAAAGAAUCAGUAAAUGUAUGCUGCGAUAAACUAAGCAUUCUAUUGCGUACACUUGUUUUAGAUCCAAAGGACAAGCAUGAAAAUGUCGCAGUAUGUAAAGGCUUUAGGUUAAGAUAGUUUUAGAGGUGGAAAUAAGUAGUAAAUAGUUACCUAGAGAAAGAGACUAGCAUAUUAUUAAAAAUUACUGGGUUUAAAAUGCAGUAAUAACUGUAUUUAUUGAAACUGCUUUAAUUAUUUUGUAAUGUAAAUAAGAUUAAAUAAAAUAAAACAACAAAUAAA